AUGUCGAAGAUCACUGUCGCCGGAGUGCGCACCAACGUGCAGGAGCUCCUCAACUACUCCCAGAAUGAGAAGAAGCGCAACUUCCUCGAGACCGUCGAGCUCCAGAUCGGCCUCAAGAACUACGACCCCCAGCGUGACAAGCGUUUCUCGGGUACCGUCAAGCUCCCCAAGCACGAUAUCGACCGUGCCAAGCACUUCGGUGUUGAUGCCAUGUCCGCUGAGGACUUGAGAAAGCUCAACAAGAACAAGAAGCUGAUCAAGAAGCUCGCUCGCAAGUACGACGCCUUCAUCGCUUCCGAGGCUCUCAUCAAGCAGAUUCCUCGUCUCUUGGGUCCCGGUCUUUCCAAGGGUAAGCGCAAUCGCAUCUACUAUAAACUCCAUCAAAAGAGCAUCGACUAA